AUGAAAUCUUCGGAGAAGGAAACGUAUCUAGACAAAUACCUGGCACAUAUCAGUGAUCUACUGCCAACUCUAUCCCUGAAGAUGGCCAAUGUUGAUGAAGUCACACGCCAGGUUGAUGAGAUGCUCGAGUCUAUCACUGUUCCACACGAGAAACUGUACGAGAGCUUGUGUGACUUAAACACAGUCGAGCGGAAGAGAAAAGUGGACGAGAUACAGGAAACAUUUCGGAAGGCCAACCAGCUGUGCGACAAGAAAAUUGAGAUUACACAGGGUGCCUAUGCUCUGAUUGACAAACACAUCAACAAGCUAGAUACUGAUGUAAAGCGACUCGACAAGCGCCUGCACUCACAAACCAACGGGACGCCGCAGAAGAAAAAUAAAUACGGCCGAAACAAGAAACGCUCCAGAAAAAACGGUGCUGCGAGGGCAGAUAUGGUGAUCGCGGCAGAAGCUCUGCCGAAGAUAGAUAUCGAAAUGGACAUGCCGGUAGAUCCAAAUGAACCCACGUACUGCACAUGUCAGCAGGUGGCUUAUGGCGAGAUGGUGGCGUGUGAAAACAGUACAUGUCAGACCGAAUGGUUCCAUUUCGGGUGUGUUAAGCUGACACAAAAACCCAGGGGAAAAUGGUAUUGCCAGAAAUGUGCAACAGCGAAUGCCCAAUAG